UGAGUGAACAAUUAGAAAAUCGAGAGAAAAAAUAAAAAAUUACUAAAGAAAAAGAAAAAAAAUUAAAUUUAAUCGUCUACCAGAAACACCUGCCUGUGAUCGUAACACAGCACCACUGAAUCCUGAAAUUCAUAAAAAAAAAUUCCAAUCUGCUAAAAGGUCGAGUCAUCCUCUCCAUUUUCAUUGUAUUAUUCACAAAAAAAUUACCAAUAAAAAACCAGUUUCCUCCUUGGGGCACCGCACCCACACAACACACGUCUGACUCAGGGACGGCCUUAAGGUAAGGCUCCAAAGUGGAGGUGAGGAGGGGGUAGCCGCUCGUACCGGCACCCCACCAUAGCACUAGCAGUGACCGGCUGGUUUCCGUGGGAUCCCGGGUGUCGAAUCGCGACCCGUAGAUCCUCGAAAUCUCGUGAUCGGGCGCUCUCUCUCGACGCGCUUUCUUUUCCAACCCAAAAACCGAUUCCAUUUUCCAAGCUUCGCCCGGAAACUUGACAAGACGACGAGAACAUAUGAAAGCAGUUUUCCGAAGAUUUUCCAUGUCAACGACACGCACGCUACGCCCCGCGCACAUUGUUCGUCACAUCGUUUUUUCACCGGAUCCCCUCGAGUGUCAGGGCCCGCAAACCGAGGGAAGUCAAAAGGGGCUCCCAGAAUUGGCUGCGAUUCGCAAAAACAAAAUCCUGAAUACGAACCACGCCAUCACUCGUGCCAGCCUGAGAUGAGCGACCAUGGCUGCAUACACUUGAAUAAUUUCAAGGCAGCCAAGGGUAUACAGCCCUACAAAGUGAUCCACUCUUUUUUCGUCACCAGCACCUCCAACGAGGCCAGGAUCAGGAAGGCAGUCAGUUGUCUCUGCCACACGUGCAAAACGUACAAGGAUCGAUUACAUUCGUGUCUCCACUGCAUUUUCUUCGGCUGUUACGUUAAAGGCCACAUACAGGAACAUGCUAAAACGAAAAAACACUUUUUAGCUGUGGACUUGUGUUACGGAAAUAUUUUAUGCUUUCAAUGCGGAGACUACGUCUACGACCGAGAAUUAUUAGCAGUUGCAAAAUCACAAUGGAGCGAAUCCGCAAAGUCGUUAAGCUUAGGAGAAUUUUAUCGAUCGUGGGAACCCACUCAAACCGAAGCGGAAUUGUUAAGAAAAAAUCCACGCCGAAGACGAGUUGUAGAAAAUUCCACUAUAGGUUUAAGGGGACUGAUAAAUCUAGGAAGUACGUGUUUUAUGAACUGCAUAGUUCAGGCGUUGAUUCACACGCCAUUAUUGCGGGAUUAUUUUCUUGCUGAUCGUCACCACUGUCCGCAGCCAAGUCGCUGUUUGGUCUGCGAAGUGGCGCAGCUUUUUCAAGAAUUUUACUCGGGCAGCAAGGCCCCUCUGACUCUGCACAAACUCCUCCACCUGAUCUGGACGCAUGCACGACACUUGGCCGGCUACGAGCAGCAGGACGCUCACGAGUUUUUUAUCGCCACCCUCGACGUUCUCCAUCGGCACUGCGAAGCUGCUCCCAUCCUCGUCAAGGACAAUCCUCAUCACUGCAACUGCAUUAUCGAUCAAAUUUUCACCGGGGGAUUGCAGAGCGAUGUCGUCUGUCAAGCUUGCAAUGGUGUUUCGACAACAAUAGAUCCUUUUUGGGACAUAUCGCUGGACCUGGGUCCAGCGGCAGGCAGUUCAAUAAAUGACAGUUCAGGUCCUCCGACGUCUCUGCUCGAUUGCUUGGAGCGGUUCACCCGCGCCGAGCAUUUGGGCUCAACUGCGAAAAUCAAGUGCAGCAAUUGCCAGACAUAUCAGGAGAGCACGAAGCAAUUGACGAUGAAGCAGUUGCCAAUUGUGGCAAGUUUCCAUCUGAAGAGGUUCGAGCACUCGAGUAUCCAGGACAAGAAGAUCUCGACCUUCAUCUCGUUUCCGGAACAGCUCAACAUGACGCCGUUCAUGUCGCACCGACGAAACGGAAACAACAACAGUUCGCUGGAGAAUCUGCCGAAAAAUGGCGAGGAUCCGGCCUUCAGCGACAACAGGUAUUCCCUCUUUGCGGUCAUUAAUCAUGAAGGAUCUCUCGAGACGGGACAUUACACGGCUUUCAUCAGACAGCAGAGAGAUCAGUGGUUCAAGUGCGACGAUCAUUUAAUCACGAGGGCACGACUCACGGAUGUUCUCAACAGCGAAGGGUAUCUGCUUUUCUAUCACAAACAAAUCCUCGAGUACGGACAAAAUAGUAAAUCUUAAGUCUGAUGUAAUUAAUUUAUUGUGUACUUCAAUAUAACUUGAGUGGUUGUUCGGUGUUCGAUUUUCGAUGUUCGAAGCCAAGGCCUGAUUAAUUGUAAAUUCUCGUGCGAGGAGUUUGUUUUGCCAAUGGCCAAAGAAUGCCGAUAUCAAAGAUAGUAGUUGCGUGAUUGACUGAGUCUGAUUUCAUGAUUGUGGUAUGAUGAUUGAUUGUGUGAAAGACAAAAAAAAAAGAGGGAAUGAGUGAGUGAAAAAAUAAUAAGCCCCUGGAGACGAGAAUAGUCAGAUUAAAUCGAGAAACGCUAUAUUAGCGUCGAUUCUUUUACGAAAAGCCAGAUGACAAAACAAGAGUGGAUCAUUUAUUUAAUUAAUGUUUAUGUUCGUCUUUUUUUUUUAUUUGGAAGGGAAUGAAGUAGAAGACAAAAAGAAGAAGAGACGUUUCUUCUUUUGGUUAGUGACUGACUUUGUCCGCGUUGUUCGUUUCCUACCGUGUCUCACUAAGUCUAGUUUUAAGAUUAGCUCAAUUUUUUUAACUUACCGAUUUGCAACUUUUGUACAUUGUCGAUUAUGUGCGAAUAUAUAUUUUUCAUGUCGAGAAUACGUAAUUUAUUUUGUCGACGAAUCAUUGACGGGCGCGAGUUUUUUUUUUAAAUCGGGUGAAUUAAUUCCACAAUUACCUCACACUGUCGAUGAUAAAUCAAUGUUUGAAUUUCACAUUAUUGUCGCAUUACUGUUUCAUGCGGCUUCUAGGACGACGGUAUUUUUGACUCGAGCGCCAUCUGCUAUUGAAAUUUCUUCCUAGUAGUUCGAAAUUGGCGGCGCUGUUGUAGCUGCUACCCAGCAGGCGCUGGAUCUCUUUUUAAAAUUUGUACAUUUGUUUUAAUCUCGUGUUGAUUUGCGGUUUUUCUGUGGAGAAUUAUUAUCGAAAGUCACGACAAAUAAUCGAUGCGGCACAAAUUGUAGCUUGUGUGCCGAACGGAAUUUUUUAUUUACAGGCGAAUGAUCCUGUAGCUGGAUGACAUAAGAGAUGUUUUUUUAAAGCUGACUAGAUUUACAGUUGGAGCGAUUUGAGCAGAAGCGAAUUUUGCUGCUGCGGCAUCAAUAAUUAUUAAGGAGAAUCAUAUUUACUCGAAACAUAAAGUGAUAAAUUGAUAAAUUGCUCGCUUGAGUGAAAGUAUAACGGUGAUCAGAUCAUGUACGCUAUUUUGAAAGUAGACGAUAUGGACUCUACGUGAAUAAUUUACAUAUAUUAUGUACAUAUAUAUAUAUUUUUUUGUUUUUUUUUCUCUGUAUUGUAUCUGCGUGAUUAUUGUGAGGCAGAAACAACUUUUGCUAAAAUUCGUUUGCUGAGCGAAAAAAAAACGAAAAAAAAAAACGUAUUCAUGGUAUUACUACUCUGUAUACGAAAUAAUUGAUUCCUGAAGACCGAUGAAACGGGUAGAACAAUGAUGAUUGUAAUAUUUUAUAAAAAGGCUGACAAAAUAUACCUACCGUAAAAUAAA